AUGGGAGCUGGAGAAUCGCCAAGCCAGGGGGGGAGUUCUGAAGGGCUGACUUUUGAGCCUUUGUCUGAGCGUCCGAACUUUCCCCAGCUGGAGGAAGAAACCCUCAGGGUUUGGCGAGAAGAAAAAACUUUUGAAAAGUCUUUAAAACUUUCCAAAGAUAAACCCCCGUUUUCUUUUUAUGAUGGACCCCCCUUCGCCACAGGACUCCCCCACUACGGACACAUUCUCGCGGGCACCAUCAAGGGUGACCCUUCUGCCACGGGACUCCCCUACUACGGACACAUUCUGGAGGGCACCAUCAAGGACGUGGUGUGCCGCUUUGCCCAUCAAACGGGGCACUACGUGGAGCGGCGGUUUGGCUGGGACUGCCACGGACUUCCAAUUGAAUUUGAAAUCGACAAAAUGUUGAAAAUAAAUAAAAAGCAACAAGUCCUCGAGUUCGGGAUUCCGCAGUACAACCAGCAGUGCAGAUCAAUCGUGCUGCGCUAUUCAGCUGAGUGGGAAAAGAUUGUCGAAAGGACUGGGCGGUGGAUAGAUUUCAAAAACGGGUACAGAACUAUGGACAGAGAUUACAUGGAAAGUGUCUGGUGGGUUUUUAAAGAACUUUUCAAAAAAGGAAGAAUCUACAGAGCUUUUAAAGUAAUGCCCUUUUCCACAGCCUGCGGAACUCCCCUUUCAAACUUCGAGGCCAAUCAAAACUACAAAGACGUUCGUGACCCUUCCCUCAUAGUGGCCUUCAAGUGUACAGACACCACAGCGCUGGAAGGACCUUUUGAAUUUGCUGCUUGGACAACAACCCCCUGGACUCUUCCUUCGAACUUGGCUCUUUGUGUCCACCCCACAAUGACUUACAUCAAGGCUCUUUUCAAACCCCAGAAACGCACCCUUGUCGUUGCAAAAGAACGCCUUGAGUGGAUAUGCAAACAGAUGAAGCUGGACCCCGCCACAGAUGUGGAAAUCUUGUCCGAGUUCCCGGGAGAGAAGCUGCGCAAUCUCCCAUAUUCCCCCCCUUUUGACUGUUUUCCAAAAAGCUCUUACCCUUCGGCCUUUCGCGUUUGCGUGGAUUCUUUUGUCACCUCCGACUCCGGCACUGGCGUUGUCCAUUGCGCGCCGGCGUUUGGGGAGGAUGACUACCGUGUGUGCAUCGAGCAGAAGGUGAUAGAAGUGGGGGGCCCGGUGGCUUGCGGGCUGGACGAGAGCGGGUGUUUCGUGCCGGCUGUAGGGUUUGUGGAGGGUUUGGACUUCAAAGUUGGAGAAAAGAAAAUAAAGGGUUUGCUGCAGUCCGAGGGAAGUGUUGCUGAACUCGAGAAGUACGCGGGCCGGAAGCUGCCGGAUAUUCACCGAGACCAAAUCGACGACAUCGAAAUCCCAGACCCCCGCGGAGACCAAUUCCCCAAACUCAAGAGAGUUGAAGAAGUGUUUGAUUGUUGGUUUGAAAGCGGGUCAAUGCCCUACGCGCAGCAGCACUACCCUUUCGAAAACCAAAAGCACUUCGAGGAGACAUUCCCUGCGAACUUUGUUGCUGAGGGUUUGGACCAAACUCGGGGAUGGUUUUACACUUUGAUGGUUCUGUCAACUUCUCUUUUCGACAAACCCGCUUUCCAAAACCUCAUUGCUAAUGGGCUGGUGCUGGCAGCAGACGGGCGGAAGAUGAGCAAGCGUUUGCAGAACUAUCCUUCUUUGUCUUUGAUUUUGGAAGAAGUUGGCGGAGAUGCGCUGCGGCUUUAUUUGCUGCGGUCUCCAGUUGUAAAAGGAGAAACUUUAAACUUCAAACAAGAAGGAGUCAAAGACGUCGUCAAAGACGUGCUGCUCCCCUGGUACCACGCCACCAGAUUUUUCAUUCAAGAAGUUAUUCGUUAUGAGACAACAACUGGAAAGCGUUUUCAGCCUGCGGGAGAAAAUGAAGAAAAUCAAAAAACAAAUAUUAUGGACAAGUGGAUUCUUUCCGAGACCCACAGGGUUAUUCAAUUUGUGCGGGAGGAAAUCGAGGCCUACCGUUUGUACACUAUAGUUCCCCAACUGCUUUCCUUCCUAGAGCUCCUCACGAACUGGUAUUUAAGACUCAACAGAGACCGAAUGAGAGGAGCCCAAGGGCCUGAAGUGGCUCUUGAGGCACUGCAAACCCUUUUUUCGGUUUUGCUGACAACUGUGAUAUAUAUGGCCCCGCUGACCCCGUUCUUGAGCGAGUACCUUUACCAAGCCCUAAAAAAGGGUUUAUCUCCUCAAAACCCUUUGCAUGCAGAAAGUGUUCAUUUCCUGAUGCUGCCAGCGCCAAACCCAAACCUCCGAAAUGCAGAAAUUGACCAAAGAAUGGAACGCAUGCGCAGCGUUAUUUUGAUGGGGCGGACUUUGCGGGAAAGAAGAAAAGUGUCUUUGAAGCGUCCGGUGUUGCAUUUGCGGUGUCUCGUGAGCUCGCAAGAGCACGUGUUGGAUUUGUUGGCGAUGGAGAGUUACAUAAAGGAAGAACUGAACGUGUGCGAGAUGGAAGCAGCUGUCGAUACACUCGAAACACCUCUUGCGAUCUCUCUCAACUUCAAACUUUUGGGGCCCCGUGUGGGGCCCCACAUGCAGCAGCUGCAUGCAGCAGCAAAGGCUUUGACGCAGCAGCAGCUGCGGGAGUUCGAAAAGGAACAAAAAAUCCUUCUUAAUGGUAUUCUUUUGACCCCACAAGAAGCCACCCUCCAGCGGCAACUGCCUCAAAGCACAAACCCUAAUUUAGGGUUUAACUGCGACAAGAAUUGUGUUAUCGCAAUGGACUUUACUGAAGACCCAUCGCUGCAGCGGAAGGCAAUAGCUAGAGAAAUCGCCAAUCGUGUGCAGAAGUUGCGGAAGCAGCUGCAGCUGCAGCAGCAAGACGAAGUACUGGUGUUUGCUGCUGCUGAUGAUGCAGCACUUAAAGAUAUUUUAAUUCAAGAAAAAGAAUAUAUUGAAAGCUGCUUAAGGAGACCUUUGCUGCUGCAGGAAGCAAAUAAGAAAAUAGAAGCAGCAAACAUUCUUUACGAAGAAACAUACACCGUCGCAGCGGCGCCUCUAACCCUCACCAUCGUCAAAAACUAG